UGGGAAGUCGACAAUAUUAACGUAACAGAUAGAUUUCGGGACUACCAAAAAAAUAUACUCAGGAAGGCGGAGCGAGAAGGUUUAAAUUACGAAAACAUUUACGAAUCUCUAGCAUUAUCUUCAAUCAUUGUUCUUAGCUGGCCGUGUCCAUAUCCUAAGAUAUUUACGAAUCAAGAAUGGGCAGAAAUUAUAAAAUCAAAUCCAUACACUAUUAAAAACUCCCCACUUUCAAAAGAGGUUUCAACGUCUCUUCAUGAAGCAACUUGUAACAGUUUCAUCGGUGAAGAUGUUUUUAUGAAUGGUGGAAAAACGAAGCUAAGUAGAGAUGUAGCGUGCUCAUUCAAUGAUUUAUAUAAUGGCCUAUUAAUGUCCCCAUCAAAAAUGACGGAAAAAAUAACAGAAGAAGAACAUUGUUACAUGUUUCUCUACCCAGUUAUUAAACCCUUCUUUCUUAAUCCUUUAAGGGAGUACAAACUUGUUUUGAACCGUGCAACAUCAGGGUCAAGAAAAAGGCCCGACCUUUCUUGUGUAGUUGACGAUGUCACAAUUCUCAACUCGGAAAUAAAACCUUUAAAAUGUACACCACUACAGCAGAAAAAAGAUACCGUAAAAGCACAAUUACGAGCCCGCAAAUCAAUUAAUAUGCAACUACAAAAAAAAGGUGGACCAGCCGAAGCCGGUAUAUUUUUAAAUAUGGGCGAAUGGAUGGAAUCGUUUUUCAUGGACCUAAGGUAUGACGGACUAUACCGUUCCUGGAUGUUUCUUAGGACAAAGUUAGUAGUAGAGAAGGCUUCAACCCCAUUAGCAGAGUCUGCAAUUAGCCACGUUAUUGCUUUGGAAGAACGUGUUGGAAAGCUUGCAGAGGAAUACAAAUAUCGAGAUAGUCAAAAUAAUCAAAAAAAUCGAACUGAUCAAACUAUGCCACCUACAUCUUUCAUUCGUAAAUUUCCAAAUACUCCACAAGUAAAAUUGUUACUUAACCUAUAA